AUGGCCGGCGAAGAUCAAGCGCAUCGCGCGCAUCGGCCGACAAAGGAGAAGAAGAAGCACGAUACCAGUCAGCCCAACCCGAAAGCAUUUGCAUUUGCCGCUCCUGGACGCCUCGCGAAGCAAGCAGCACGCAGCCACGAUGUCAAGGAGAAGCGAUUGCAUGUACCGCUGGUGGACCGACUACCUGAAGAGGCACCCCCAUUGGUAGUCGGAGUGGUCGGUCCUCCUGGUGUGGGCAAGACCACAUUGAUCAAGAGUUUGAUCCGUCGAUACACGAAAACCGCCGUCACACAGCCCACAGGACCGAUCACCAUCGUUACGAGCAAGAAGAGGAGGUUGACAUUCAUCGAGGGACCAAGCGACAGUCUGGCUGCUGCGAUUGACAUGGCAAAAGUGGUGGACAUCGUCUUGCUCAUGAUCGAUGGCAACUAUGGCUUUGAGAUGGAGACAAUGGAGUUCUUGUCGGUGCUCAGCAGUACUGGUAUGCCAGGAAAUGUGUUCGGAAUCCUGACGCACUUGGAUUUGUUCCGGAAGCAGGACACACUCAAAGCACAGAAGAAGAGAUUGAAGCACCGCUUCUGGUCGGAGCUCUACCAAGGAGCAAAGCUGUUCUACCUCUCUGGUGUGAUUAACGGCAGAUACCCGGAUCGCGAAGUUCUGAACUUGUCUCGCUUCCUCAGUGUGAUGAAGAACCCACGACCUCUUGUCUGGCGCAACUCACAUCCUUAUGCACUGGCAGAUCGAAUGCUCGACAUCACGCCACCCACGGCGAUUGAGGAGAAUCCGAAGUGCGAUCGGACAGUAGCAUUGUACGGCUACCUGCGAGGAACAAACUUUCCUUCUCAUGAUGCACGAGUCCACGUUCCCGGUAUUGGCGACUUGAACGUCUCUCGAGUUGAAUCACUUCCCGACCCUUGUCCGACACCUCAAUUCUUGCAGGCGCAAGAGAAAGCAGAAGGUACCAAGAAGAGACGGAGGUUGGGAGAAAAGCAGAAACUCAUCUACGCUCCGAUGAGUGAUGUCGGAGGAGUACUUGUGGACAAAGACGCUGUAUACAUUGAUGUCAAGAGCACUACCUUCGAUGCCGAUGAGGAGGACGAGGAGCGCGGCCUCGGUGAGCAGAUGGUUGUUGGUCUACAAGGGGAACGGCGAUUGCUCGGACAAGAUGACCAGGGUAUUUCACUGUUCGACCGAGGCGAGCGACUGAAGCAGCUGGAUGACGAUGAGGACGUUCAGGAUACAGGCAGACGAAGCGCGAGGAAGCCUACGGCCAUCGCACGUGACGGUGAUGAAGUGGCUCUGGACGAAGAUGAAGAUGAGGGCUUCGCGAGCGGCGAAACCGACGAUGAAGCGGACCUGGAAGCCGUACAGCAGGCGCCUACCAAGCUUAGCCGGUCUCGAAAGGAGCAAGAUAAGGAAGUCGAGGGCGAUGUCGAGUUCGCCGACUCUGACAGCGACCUCGGAUCUCUGUCUUCGGUUUCGGAUCAGGAGCUGGAGGACGAUUCUGAUGCUGAGGACGAAGACGAGGACGAGGACGACGAGAACGGUGCACCUCGAUGGAAGAGCAAUUUGUCGGAGCGUGCUCUCGCGUUGCACGGCAAGAAACAACCAUAUCGAAUUGCAGAACUUGCAAGGAUGAUGUACGACGACAUGCUGUCUACAGCUGAGAUCGUGAAGAAGUGGCGGGGCGAGUCUGACGAGGACGCGGAUGGGAGUGGGAGUGAGGAGGAGGAUGGAUUCUUCAAGAGAAGACAGUCAAACAGGGAUGAGGCGGAGGAAGACAGACUAAUUCCAAAAUACAACUACGCGGAGCUGGAAGAGAAGUGGACAGAUGAAGACAACGUGGAGGCGCUGAGGCAACGAUUCGCGUCGACCCGGCUGUCCGGAGCGAAUGCCGAAGGUCUUGGCGAUGGAGAUGAUGAGUUCGAGGGAAUUGCCGACGAGGACGAUGAAGGUGAUGGUGAAUUCGAGGAUCUGGAAGCUGAUGAUGCGGAAGAGGGCGCCGAGGAAACCAUUGAGUCUGAGCGAGAGAAGAACGCGCGCAAGAAGGAGGAGCUCAAGUUGCGAUUCGAAGAAGAAGAUCGAGAAGGCUUCCUCAAUCCGAAGAACACUAAUCGUGAAGCCAACGGUCAAGCCGCUGAACGUGAGUUUGGCGAGGAUGAGUGGUAUGAUGCACAAAAGGCGCUGCUUUCCAAGCAGCAAGAUAUCAAUCGGAAAGAGUUUGAGGCUCUUGAUGAGGCAUCGCGAGUGCGCGCCGAAGGCUAUCGUGCUGGCACGUAUGCUCGAUUGAUCCUGACCGCUGUACCGUACGAGUUCACCGAGAAUUUCGAUGCUCGAUAUCCACUUCUGAUCGGUGGACUACAGCCGACUGAGGAGCGAAUGGGCUUUGUACAAGUCCGUAUUAAGCGACAUCGAUGGCACAAGAAGAUCUUGAAGACGAACGAUCCACUCAUCUUCUCGUUGGGCUGGCGGCGCUUCCAAACGACACCGGUCUACAGCAUCAGUGACUCCCGAACGAGGAACAGGAUGCUCAAGUACACUCCCGAGCACAUGCAUUGCUUUGGCACAUUCUACGGGCCGCUGGCAGCGCCCAACACCGGAUUCUGCUGUGUCCAAAGCUUCUCAAACAAGAACCCGGGCUUCCGUAUCGCUGCAACGGGCGUGAUCUUGAACGUGGAUGAAAGCACGGAAAUCGUCAAGAAGCUCAAGCUCACCGGUCACCCGUACAAGAUCUUCAAGAACACUGCAUUCAUCAAGGACAUGUUCAGCACAGCGCUGGAGAUUGCCAAGUUUGAAGGCGCAGGAAUCAAGACGGUGUCUGGCGUUCGUGGUCAGAUCAAGAAAGCUCUGUCCAAGCCCGAUGGGUGCUUCAGGGCAACCUUUGAAGACAAAGUGCUGAUGAGCGACAUCGUCUUCCUCAGAGCAUGGUAUCCUGUCAGACCGCACCGCUUCUACAACCCUGUUACCAAUCUUCUCGAGAGCCCCGAUGCCGCAGAUGGUUGGGAAGGCAUGCGUCUGACUGGUCAGGUUCGCGCUGCCCAGAACAUCCCUACGCCCAAGGAGAAGAACUCUGCCUACCGUCCGAUCGAGCGUCAAGAGCGUCACUUCAAUCCGCUUCGCGUGCCACGCAAGUUGCAAGCGGAUCUUCCCUUCAAGAGUCAGAUCACCAAAAUGAAGGCUCAGAAUAAGGAGACCUAUGUGCAGAAGCGUGCUGUGGUCGCUGGUGGCGAGGAGAAGGUUGCAAGACGUCUGAUGCAGCAAAUCAUGACGAUUCGCAAGGAGAAGGUCGAGAAGCGCAGGGCGAAGCAGGAGGAGAGGAGGCAACCUCAUCGUGCGAAGGUGGCCGAGAAUGAGGAGAAGAGGAAGGAAAGGGAGAAGAAGGAGCGAGAUGAGUACUGGAGGAGGGAGGGCAAGAAGAGAAAGGGUUGGGCGGAGGGUGCUGAUGGUGGAGGCGGUGGGAAGAGGAGAAAGAGGGCUUGA